UCGGUUAUUUUCGUCAAAGCUUCAUACAAGUGUCAAAAUUUGAAAGAAAUUUAUAAAUAGGGAAUAAAAGUUUUUAUAUAAAACUUCAUAGUGAAUUGUUUAGAUCUUGUAUGAUAAUUGUGAUCCAGAAAAAUUGCAAUUUUUUUUAAAUUCUAUAAAUUUACUCUUCUGGUAUUUUUAUAACCUCACAAAAAAUGAGUGUAGCUGAAGAAUCUACAAUGGAUGUAGAUAUUUCUACAUCCACAACAGUAGCUAAUACGGCUGAAAUUACAGCGAAAAGUGUGAUGGCAUCUUCGAGUUUAGUUGGAUCUGUUACUAUAUCCUUACAUCCUUUAGUUGUUAUGAAUAUAUCGGAACAUUGGACACGACUUCGGGCUCAAGAAGGAUCUAUUCAACGAGUUAUUGGAGCGCUUAUUGGAAAACAAAAAGGUAGAAAUAUUGAAGUUAUGAAUUCAUUUGAAUUGCUGUUCAGUGUAAUCGCCGGAGAUGUUAUUAUUGACCGAGAUUAUUACAAUAUUAAGGAGGAACAAUUUAAACAAGUCUUCAGUGAUAUGGAUUUUCUUGGAUGGUACACAACUGGAGAUGCCCCCGAUGAUGGAGAUAUUAAAAUUCAUAAACAAAUAUGCGAAAUAAACGAAUGUCCUGUUCUAAUGAAAUUGAAUCCUUUAUCGCGUAACGAAGGACAAUUACCAAUUACAUUUUACGAAUCUGUUAUCGAUUUAAUCGGUGGUGAAGCCACAAUGUUAUUUGUCUCAUUAACAUAUACACUCGCAACGGAAGAAGCAGAACGUAUUGGUGUAGAUCAUGUAGCACGAAUGUCAUCAAAUGAAGCUGGUGAAAGCUCAUUAGUUGCUGAGCAUUUAACCGCACAACAUAGUGCUAUAAAAAUGUUACAUUCACGUGUUAAACUGGUUUUAGCUUAUAUGCAUGCUGUACAAUCUGGUAAUUUAAAAUUAAAUCAUGAAAUAUUACGUGAAGCGUAUUCACUUAGUCAUCGAUUACCUGUUAUACAAAGUUUAGCUUUUCGACAAGAUUUUUAUAAUCAAUGCAACGAUGUGGGUUUAAUGACGUAUUUGGGUACAAUUACUAAAGGUUGCAACGAUAUUAAUCAAUUUGUGAAUAAAUUUAAUGUAUUAUACGAUAGACAAGGGAUGGGACGUAGAAUGCGUGGUUUAUUCUUUUAGUGCUUUAGUUUUCUCGUUAGCUAACGUAAUUUUAAAAUUGUAAUUUAUAUUUAAAAAAAAAGAAGAAGAAAUUUUUGUAUUAA